CUCUCUGCCACUUCAUAACAAAAUAACUUGCCUUCAGGAACUUUCUAGACCACAGAGGAUUCUCUUGUCUUCUGUGGAGAGCUUGUUUUCAUUUCUUCAUUCGCAUCCGAGGAACAAGCUUUCCGCAGUUGAACACCCUUUCGUCCACUCAAUCACCCAUGGCUCGCUCUUUCACUAACGUUAAGGUUCUCUCUGCUCUUGUCGCCGACGGAUUCUCCAACACUCCAACCAGGCGUGGGUUUGCGGCGGCGGCGGCGGCGGCGACACAGAGCGCAAGCAGAGGAGGUGCCUCCAUCAGCGGCAAUAUGGUUCCAAAAUCAGGGGAAGAGAAGGUGAGAGGUGCUGAAAAGGUUUCGUGGGUCCCAGACCCUGUGACCGGUUACUACAGACCAGAGAACACCAACGAGAUUGAUGUUGCUGACCUGCGAGCUACGGUUUUGGGCGGAAAAUUCAACCACUAAUUUCAACUUGAAGACAGAACCUCUUUGGUCACUUAUACGUUAGAUGUAUCUCGAAGUUCACAGAACCUUCGGGGAUUAUUCACUAUGAGGCAAUCAUCUACAUACAGUUGUUGUAUUUCUCUCUACAGAAUUAAGACUUUGUCAUCUCCAGUUGAGAACUCGUAACUAUCUUUUGCUGUAUUCUCUUUGGAAAAUAACAGGAGUUAUUUGUAACUUUCUUAGCAAACCUCAAAUCUUCUUUGUCCA